GGGCAAUGGCAGCCUGGUACUCAGCUCCCGUUUUUUAAGGGAGUUAAAUCUGGCAUUGAAUAGGAGUUUGCACACUUAAACAGAAGUCCAGGCGUUUUCUCAAAGCGGGUAAUCCUGGGUGAGAACAUGGGGUCGAGUCCUCACUCGGUGAAGCGGUGGCAGCUCAGCGGGACGGACUAUGAGCAGGUCCGCAGCACGCGCUCUGACACGCGCCUCAGCUGCUGGACCCCCCUGAACAACCAGAGCAGCAACCUGCAGUUAUUUGAGGAGAGGAUGACCCUUGUGCUGCACUGGUUUGACCUGUGGACUGACAGACAGAGGAAACACCUGUUGCACUCUCUGCUCACACGUGGCACCAAGUCACAGCUCAAGUACUGCAGAGAUCUUCUGAUGGAGACGCUUCCUGUGACACAAGUGGACUUCACGGCGGUGUUGCCACGCUUCCUGUCCCUGUACGUGAUGUCAUUUCUGUCCCCUCGUGACCUCUGCUCUGCUGCCCAGGUCAGCUGGCACUGGAGAAUGCUUUCUGAGCAGGACUGUCUGUGGGCGAGCCGCUGCAUCACAAGAGGCUGGUUCCUUCCCUACACUCCAGCAGAGAAAGAAUAUGGAGCGUGGAAGAACCACUACGUCUCCUGCGUCUCCACCCUCGACUGGCUCACUCCACGGGAGGCAGCCGAGCAGUAUGGGACCCUUAACCAACAAAGCACAUUGAUGACAGAGGAGGAGGAGGAGAGGAGGAAGGAGAGGAGGAUCAGGCAAAUGAUCAGAGACAAGCUACAGGAGGAUAAGAGACAGUCUAUGAGCACCAGGAGAGCCUGGGGCAGCUACACAAAGCCAGGAGCAGCCAGAGGAGGAAGUACCCAGACAGGGAGGCCCAGCUCUGGAAUAACAUCUAGCUCUUGGCCCUCACUCUCCUGGCCCCCGAGGACUGUAGGGUCCCCCAGCCUCUGUCUGAGCCUGGACAGAGGACAGACCAUGUCUGCUGCUCCGAGCCGGGACAGAUUCCAGACCUGCAGUCCUUCCAGUGAAAGACUGAACAAUGCAAGUGGAGCGCUGUCUUCUUUUACCAGCAGACCUGCACUGACACACACAGUCCCUCCCACCCAUCUGACCCAUCCUGUCCUCUUACUGCUGAUCUCCAACAGAAUCCCUGCCUAUGAGCUGCUGCUGAGUGGUGUGAAAGCAGGAGUGAUUGUGGUUCUGUACGACCACAGAGGGACUCUCUCAGCUCUGUUAGCCCAGGUGGAGAGGGCUAUCAUUGGGCAGGGAGCUCAGAGACUGGGCCUACUUGCUCCUGGAGGAACUGAAGAAAUCCAUCUGCUUCACAGGUGUAUUCUGUCAGAGAGGACUCUGCUAAACCCAGAUCAAAGGGAUUUCUGGGAAAAACUUAGUGGCUGGGUGGCACCAGCUGAGGAAGGAGGAGGGAUUGACAUCUUCUCCCCGCUAGCUGCUUGUGCACCAGGAGCGGCUCUCAUCCAGACCCUCUCUUCUCUGACUGGUCUGGAGGUUCGGACACCAAUGGGUCUUGCAACUGGAAGUUUUCAAAACAUCCUGAGUGAAUGGUCUGACGGCAGCGUGUGCACCGGACUAUCAAACCAAGGACCAUUAGCCCCGGCGCUGCAGUUUGUGUGUGAGAGCGUCCUGCAGGGCUGGUGCAGACAGGCUGAGUGGAUGGAGGAGGCCCUGGAGGGGCUGAGGGGCCAUCUGGGGCCACAGCUACAGCGGCUCAGCCUGGAGGCCAGGGGCAGAGCUCUUGGUCUUUUUCUGUGGGAGAAAAUGUGCCUCGAGGAACUGUGUGUGUCCAGAGAUCUCAACGAGGCGCUGAUAGAGGGACUCACUGCUCUCACACGACAGAGAGAGACCAGACCUCUGGAGUUUCUUGCUGGUUUCCUGACAAGAUGGAAUAAUGAUAAGGAUGGAGAAGAGAGCAGUGGAGACAAAAACAAAAGAGCAGAUGACUCACAGAAAUGCUUCAGCCUGAUACCUGAGCUACCGCAGAUAGCGUUAGAUUGGAGAGGGGCAGCUGCCAGAGAGCUCCACCACAGCGAGUGUCUUUACCUGGGCAGACUGGGCGCCGUGCUGAAGGUGUACCAGGAGCCUCUUACAGCAGCGCUCAACUCCAACAGAGCCAUUCUGAGCCACAAUGACAUCCACAUGGUCCUCAGCCCUGUCACACAGAUACUGGAGCUCAACAGGGCGUUUCAGGUGGAUUUAGAAGCCCGGCUGCAGCAGUGGGGCGCAGAGCAGUGUGUUGGAGAUGUGCUCGUGAAACUGUGCUCAAAACUUAGAGUCUACACCAACUACCUCAACAACUACACCACUGCCAUCCACACCAUCGACAAGUGCAGGGAGACAAAGCCUCCAUUUCGGGCUUUCCUGAAGAGAGCAGACAGAACUCUUUCAACACACAUGCUGAGCCUACAGGAACUGCUGCUGUGUCCAUUGUGGAGAAUCCAGGAGUAUGUGACUCUGCUUCAAGCUCUGUGUUUGCACACACACACCGCUCACCCUGACCACACACACCUCUCCUCUGCCCUCAACACCCUGGUGACAUUCAGAGAAUUCACACAAAAGUUAAAGCGUAACUCAGAGAGAGACAGGCUGAUAGAGCAAACGCAGCAGAUGAUCCAAGGAUGUCCGAACCUCAGUGAAGGAAACAGGCAGCUGAUAAUAACUCAGGAUGCUGCCUUGCUCAGGAGCCCUGAUGAGCAGAUUCCUGACUCGCUCAGGAUCUAUGAGCAUGUGUCAGACAUGGGCCUGUUCCUGUUUAACGACGCAUUGGUGUUGACCCGGCGACGUGUUCAUCACACACCUUUCACGCUGACUUACCAGAGCACACACACUUUCCUGGCCUCAGUGGCUCUCAGCAGCCUGUCCGUCAGAGAGAUCACACACACACGCUAUGUGUGUCAUGCCUUUGUCCUGGAGGGUCCUUGUCGUUCCUGGGUGUGUGCCACAGAGAGAGGAGAGGAGAGAGAGCACUUCCUGUCUGUGCUGCGUCCCGCCUUAAACGCUGCUCUGACGGGACAUCAGUGACGGCACCGGCAUGACAACACCCCGGCAGGACAAGAGGAGGUUUGGACACCACUGGACACCACAGUCUGAUUAUUUUUAAAGCUUAGGAAAAAUCUCUUAAACCAAUUAUUUUUCACAUGCCGCAAUAUUAUGUAGGCCUGCAAACAUAGCUUUCCUGCUACUGUUUAAACUGUGUAUCACAAUACCACCUUAAAAGUAUUUAGAGUCCGAUAGUCACAAUGAUAACUAAGACAAAUGAAGUAUUUUGUAAAAUGUUGCACAAUCCUGCUUUCCAUCAGGUGGAAGGUUAUCAAAUGACAGUGCCAGACAAAUCAACCAGUAUCUCUACACAUCUUUGUCAGCUUGACAUUUUUAACUCCCUUUUACGGAAUAUUACAACUAUUUAUACACGUAUAUUUUUGAUUUACCUCUUGGCAGUACACCUAAUGAUGCUCAUUACAUCUUUUAGUUAUUCCUGUACUCGCGCACCAUGAAGUUUAAUAAAAUAACUUGUAGUUUUUGUGAAGUAGUUGUCGAACAGUAUGAAUCACAGUGGAUAUUAUAGAUUGGUUUGUGUUGCGUUUUCCGGUACGGUUUUGUCCUGUUUUGUCUUUUGUGUAAAGAAGCUGUGUUGUACACUCUGCGUGUACUUGUUGUAUGUAUCAGCCUUUUACAUUUCUUUCCCUUGUAUAUCUAUAAAAAUAAUCACUUGUCAUUUUACCUUACAACAAUCACUGUUUGUUAUUGUUCCUCAUUGCAACACCUAGAAUUUUGACAUAUGUAUAUUCCAAGUUUUCAGUGGUAAUACAGCUAAAUAUUUCAAUGCAAUAUUUUCAAUUGAAUGUUUUAAAUUUGCUUUGCUUUGACAUUGUAUACAUGUGUUAAUGAUUGAUCAACAUAAACUGCAUCAUGAUAUUCAUAUGAUUUCUCAAAUCCAAUUCAUUUUUAGAAUUAGAUCAGAAAUAUUUCUCUUCAGGUAUAAAAAAAUCUUUAUUGAUAACACAAAUGUCACAUUGAAGAAUGAAUCACUAGCAAGGAGCUGCAUUACAUCACAUCACUUUUACACUUAUGUACAUUAUUGCCACUUGUUAAAAAAAUAUCCACUUGAAUGAAUAAACGACUGUCAUUAUCUGUAUGUCUCAACAGAAAAAUAAUAGGGAACAAAAUCCCUUUACAGUGAACAUCGUGACAUACAGUAUAACAUACUUAAUGUUCUAGUAUUACACUUCAGUUUCAUUUAUUUUCACCACAGUGACAUCCUCACAAAGAUCUGUGACAUUGGAACUACUUUCUAAAAUAUUGUGUAGCUUUAUUUACAGUGUACACAUUACACAUCAACACAGAAAUGCUUGUCUUCAGAGCACUACAGAUGAGGAUUGUAUAUUGAAAGCAGUACUUUUGACACGUUGAAUUUUGAUAUCAAUAGAUGCAAAAACUGAGUUAUUUUUAUGUUUUUGUUAGUGUAAGCUGACCUAGUGCCCCUAAGGAUUAAAGAAAACAUGAAUGAAAGUCCAGGGGACAUCACAGCCUGCGGUUGGCCAGGUUUGGGUUGCUGUUGUUUUGUCCUGCAGCAGAGUGUGUGUGCUGCUCUUUCCCCUCGGCUGGGUGUGUGCACGGCGCCUGCUGGCUCUUGCUCUGCAGCCCCAGGUUUGCUGCCGUGCCGUUUGUCACUUUCUGGGAGGUGGAGCCCUUCGGUUUGGGGAUUCUCGUAGGUCCUGGUCGUCGUAAUGCUUCUGGAGGUAUCUGUAAAAAAAAAGACAUUGUAGUGGGAACACCGUACUGGAGAGAAAAUGGAAAAAACAAGACGCAUGCAUGAUUUUAUCUUGCUCCACAGGCUAAAUUGUUUCCAGUAUCCAG